AAAGAAAUCAAUUCAAUUUAUGAAAUAGAUGGGGUAAAACUGGAUUAUGAGGAUGUGGUAAGAAUGAAAUACCUCGAUAUGGUUGUUUCAGUUACUACAUCCCUGCGAGUAAAAUAAACGGGGAGAAUGAGAUGAUCAUUGAGAAAGGGUUAGGAAUUUUAACCCCAAUUUAUGGGCUCCACCUAGGGAUGGAGCGGGUGAGGAGAUCUCCAGAUUUCAAAGGUGGUAUCCCUAGCUCCACCGAGACUCCAAUUUUUACCCAAACCCCGAAAAAUUCGAUCCUGAACGAUAACAAUAAAGAUAAAAUCAAUCCUUACACUUAUUUAUCUUUCGGAAUUGGCCCAAGAAAUUGUAUCAGUUCAAGAUUAGCUUUAUUAGAAAUAAAAGUGCUAAUUAUUCAUUUAUUGAGGAAAUUUGAAAUAAUUGCGGUUAAAAAGACCGAAAUACCUUUAAAAUUGUGUCCGAAGAAUCCAUUUUUAGGCCCAGAUGGAUUUUGGUUGGGAUUAAAGAAGAAGGUUAUGAUUUGAUAGAAUUUAAGUAACGAUAAAGAAUAACAUUUAUUAUAACGUAAUCAAAUAAUAAACAGAUUAAUAAA